AUGAAACAAACGGCUUCCCGAUCGGAUCCAUCCCCGCCAUCCUAUUUGUUACGCGUCCUGUCCCGCUUUCUUGUCUGCUCCACCCUCAUCCUGGCCCUCAGCGUGGCUCUGAGAUCCCACUCUCGUCUCUCCCUCCUCCUCCCCCACUUCUCUACAAAAGUCGAAACCAUGGCCUACCAACAAGAACGUUACAUUGCCGAAUUGGCCGUCCAGCGGGCGUGUCUUCUGACUCAGAAGGUCUUCUUCGAGAAGGCCAAGGGCACCGUUUCCAAGGAUGACAAGUCCCCCGUCACCAUCGGCGACUUCGGCGCCCAAGCCCUCAUCAUUUCCGCCAUCCGCAAGAACUUCCCCAACGACGAGAUUGUUGCUGAAGAGGAGGCCAGCUCCCUGCGCGAGGACAAGGACUUGAGCGCCGAGAUCUGGCGCUUGGUCAAGGACAUCAAGCUGGACGAUGAAGAGAGUGACAACCUUCUCGGAGGUCCUCUGGCCAGCGAGCAGAGCAUGCUGGAGAUCAUUGACAACGGAAACAGUGCCGGUGGCCCCAAGGGCCGCAUCUGGGCUCUCGACCCCAUCGAUGGCACUAAGGGCUUCCUUCGCGGCGGCCAGUACGCCGUCUGUCUCGGCCUGAUGGUCGACGGCGAUGUCAAGGUCGGCGCCAUCGGUACCCCCAACCUCCCCGUCGAUGAUGCCGCCAGCCUCGACGCCAACACCGGUGCUCAGCAGACCGCCACUGCCGCCAACGGCGUCUUGUUCUCCGCCGUCCUCGGAGAGGGUGCCACCAGCCGUCCCCUGACGAGCGGUACCCUCGCUGGCAGCAAGUCUAUCUCCAUGCGUCCUGUCUCCAACAUCUCCGAGGCCGUCUUCUGUGAGGGUGUCGAGGCUGCGCACUCCGCCCAAGGCGACAAUGCCGCCGUCGCUCAGCUCCUCGGCAUCACCGCCCCCAGCGUGCGACUGGACUCGCAGGCCAAGUACUGCUCCAUUGCCCGUGGUGCCGGUGACAUCUACCUCCGCCUUCCCGUGAAGAAGGACUACCAGGAGAAGAUCUGGGAUCACGCUGCUGGUGACCUCCUCGUCCGUGAGGCCGGUGGCCAGGUCACUGAUAUCUACGGCAACCGCUUGGACUUCAGCAAGGGCCGGACUCUCGCUGCCAACAAGGGUGUUGUUGCUUCGCCCAAGGCUCACCAGGAUGCUGUCGUUGGUGCCGUGAAGAACGUGCUGAAGUUGUAA